AUGUACACCUCGUACGAGAUCGUCUGCCGCACCAACAUCCCCGCCUUCAAGCUGAAGCACUCGGUCGUGCGCCGCCGCUACUCGGAUUUCGAGCACUUCCGGGACAUCCUCGAGCGCGAGAGCUCGCGCGUCACCAUCCCGCCGCUGCCGGGCAAGGUGUUCACCAACCGGUUCAGCGACGACGUGAUUGAGCACCGCCGGGAAGGGCUGCAGCGGUUCCUGCAGAUUGUGGCGGGUCAUCCGCUGCUGCAGACGGGGAGUAAGGUGCUGGCUAGUUUUAUUCAAGACUAUUCUAGUCUAUACUAUACUCCACGACCAGACCAGGUCUACAAGGUCUACAAAAUUCCAAUUUAA